AUUCUGCAUUUCUAUCACCACGUUCACAGGGUGUAGCGACCUAUAGAGAAGAUGUCAUGUAAGUUCGUCACUGGAGAUAGUAUUGAUGUGCCUGCUGAGUGGCAGUUGGUUGAUCCUGGUAGAAUACAACAUGGCGUGGUAGAGAAGAACAACUAUAUCAAGGGAACAGUACAUACAAGGUAUCCGCUUGUUCCGAAUGUAAGGAAGAAACCGCUGAUUAAGUUCAUCCUACAGCUUGAUGCAGAUGGAUUAAAGACCCCUACAGCUAGCACUUCAACUGCCAGCACAGAUAGUAUAGGGAAAGUCCUAGUCAGUGUUUUCCUUGUUGGCAAAUAUGCCCAGCAAGCAGAUCCAUUUUCUCAAGGGGACUGUGUAGUGCUGAGUGACUUCUACAUUGAGAACUCAACCAGUAGCACAGUUGCCAACUGUACUAACCACGUGGUCCUCGAUGAAGCCAAGUCUCAAGCAACUAUCAUUAUUUUACACAAGAAGAAAUCUGAUGUAAACACAGUUAAAAGACCACAUGGGCCAGUGACAGCAAAACCUGCUUCAAACAUGCCUAAGACUCAGAAAGCGAGGGAGUACAGUUAUACGCCACUAUCAGAUCUAUUGGUUGGUAAUACAUACUGUGUAUAUGGUGUGUGUAAGUUCUACAAACCUCCUAAAAGAACAAAGGGGUCUGAUUACAACAUGAUUGUGAGCCUAGUAGAUCCAAACCUCCAUGACAAUAAUGCUAAACUAAAGUGUUCUAUAUUUCUGCGUGAUGAAUCGAACUUCCCCAAAAUAAGGGCUGUGGGAGAUAUUGUGAGGUUUCACAGAUUAAAGAUCACAUCAUUCAGCGAUGAGUUACAAGGGCAAAUAGGACCAGGGUUUUCAAGCCUAGUUUGGCCAGGGCAGAUAGAUGGCAGUCUGGAGCCACGAACAAACAAUAAAACAUUCACAGUCACUGAUGAUGACAAAAAAAAGGUGCUAGAACUACGCAAAUGGUACAAUGAUCUCAUGGAGAGGACCCUGAUCAAGAACCAUGCUUCUCUGAAGGUUUCUGACUUUGUAUUGGACCAGUACUUUGAUCUGACCUGCCAAGUUGUUGGGAAGUAUGUAAGCACUAAAAAACACUUUGUUGUACUACGGAUCUGGGAUGGCACUAAGCCUUCAAUUCCAGUGUAUGUAUAUGAGGAGUUUGAGACGCAAUCUGCAGCUACUGACUGUGAUGAAGAGCUUACUAAAGCAGCUAGAGGUAGAAUGGUUGAUGUUGCUGUAUUUGAUGAACAUUUUACCAAAUCUGCACACAUACAGCCUGGUGCUUACAUAACUCUAGUCAACCUACAUGCAAUGAUCAGUACAAUAGCAAAGACUUCUCCUCCCACCGCAGAGCUAUGUGUUCAUGGGGGCUACUCCUAUGGCCGUGAUGUCAUAGUUCUCCUUAGCACCAACCUCAAGGCAGUGGCAUUAAAAACUUUCCUUGCUGAUGUACCAAUUGAGGUGUCUAGCUCUACUGACAAAUCUAAAGGGGAUACACAAAAACAAGUAAAUGAUGAGAUCAAUGGCAAUGUUAUAGAAGGUCAUGCAAAUGAUGCCAUUGUUGUUGAGAGUACCUCUGAUGAUAUCAUUAAUAAUGCUACGUCUGAAGCUCCUCCUGAUGAAUCUAAGAAAGAACAAGAGAAAGAGAAACAGGCAAAAAAGGAGACAAAGCAAGACCCUAAAGACACAUCACAAGACACAAAACAUAAUAUAAUAGAAAACACAAACCAAAAUGCAAUACAUGACAAAGCACAAGAACCCACACAGGCCAAAAAUCAAGACAUACCAAAGGCCAGGGACACAAAACAACAGACACUAAAUGUGACAAAACCAGACAAAAAUAUUGAUAGUGUUGAAGUGACAGAUGAAAUACUGACUGUGCCAGAUGCUAGUCCUGUGGUCAGAGAGCCAGUGAAGAGACAAAGAAAUGAAGAAGAGAGAAGUGGGGAGACUCCUGCAAAGAAGGUCCAAAAGACAGACUUUGAUGAUAAGGUUCCUAGUAACAACUUAGUGGAUGAUGCAGCAGGGAAGUUGGAGGAUGUGAAGCUGGAAGAUGCCCAAGGAUCAGCAUCUCUAAGUGGGGAGAUAUGCAUGCUAGAGACUGCAUCAGUCUUAACAACAAAUCACCAUGUAAAACCAAGUAAACUAAGAGAUGUUGAGAAGUGUUCAUCCCCAAACAAGUUCCGUAUUAUGGCACGUGUCUAUGACUACCAACCACGAACCACAAAAUUAGAUGAGUUCCUACGAUUGUGUUGUCCUCAGUGCCAUUACAUAAGCACUCUAGAGAAGAUAGAGGAGGAGUAUGAUGUUCCAAGUGUGGUCUACAAGAGUAUUGGACUCUAUAAGUGCCCCAAGUGUGUGAGAGAUGACAAUGUGACAACAACCAAUGGUGCUAGUCCAGACAGUGACAUCAUAGGAACUCCUACUGAAGUUGGAGGUCAUCCUCUGUUGAAGUAUUCGUUCAUGUUGAAGCUGCUGUUACGAGACAAUACUGGAUGGGUUGUAGCUAACCUAUGGGGGGACCAUGCUGAAACAUUCUUCAAAGGUAUCAGAGCUACAGCUAUGUUACUAGAUGACUCAGUCUUCCAUGCUAUUACAAACAUUCUGAAACAACUUUGUCCUUCAACGAACAAUAGUGAUAUCCUGGAGGGUACAGACACUCAAGUGAGCAACAGGCUUGUCUUGAAUAAUAAUGACAGUCUAGUGGAUCACGACCCAAAACUGAGCAACAGGCCUCUCCUGGACUGUUGCAUAUUGUCACAUCAUGGUGCUAAUGGACUGAGCUAUCAGAUAUUUAACACAAGACUUGCACUUGAUAUAGAUGGAUAGAAAAAAGGAUGUUAGAGACUGAGAGAUCUCGAGGGAGAAUCUCGGAGGAUUCAAUAUCUAUAUGGGGUCUUACCCCUUCUUACCUCAGCAAAUAGUUAAUAUUCUCACCUAGAUCUUAUGAUUUGCUCCCUUACCAUAUGUGUCAUUCUAUUUAAGGUGCCAUUAUUCAAGUUUUUACUCUUGAAAUGAAAAGGUUUUUAAGAAGAGGCAAUCCUAUGAAGGUAAAGAAAUUAAACAUGCAAUGUUGUGUACUUUGUUUGAAUGUUUAUUGAUGACAUAAAAUAAACAUACAUUAGUUCACAUAGAAAAAAAUUGUACUGUUCCAAAUAUACAACUCAUUCAUUUACACUUGUUCUAUACUAAGUGACAUUAGAAGGAGAUUCAACCAAUUUUUAAACCUUGAAAAGUUACAACAUUGAGUUAGUUGUGUAGUUCAAAAUUGUUGACCCAUCUUAGUAAAAUGUUUACCACUACAGUGCUAUACAUGUCACAAAGAUUUCAAUACUGACUCAAACUAUAGGCCAAGGCCAUUGGUGGAUGUAAAAUCUAGCAAACUUUAAUGCUGAAAUUUAUUUUGGUUCAAAGUGUACAUUAAUUAAUUAUUUAAUUUUUGACAAUACACAUUCAACAGCAAAUACUAAAUCUUAAUAAUGCCCAUUUGUUAUAUUGCCAAUGGGCAGCAAAUAGAACUUACUUUCACUUAAACACUGGCCCAGGAUUUCAUUACAAAACAAGGCAUUAACAUGCAAAAUGUCAUCACCUGACCACUUUUGCAUUAACCAGCCCACAUUAUAUUUGAUUAAUGACCAUCACCUUAGAGAGCCACAUUCUGAUCUCUGAAAAACAACUACAAGUUACUAUCUAGUAGUAACAGAUUCAGAUGACUUCAUCUAGCAAAGCUAUUGGAAUUCUAUGAACAAAAGAAACAUUUAAUAUUAAUUACCUAGGAAUAAUGAGAAAUCAGAAUGUGCCUCUUUAAAAUUGUUUUACACAAGUUACACGUUGAGUACAAACAAGCAUAUUUUACUGUCUCUUGAAAGCACAUGGUUUCUGAUAAAGCAUUACAUAAGAUAUACACAUGCAGGCCUGGCUGUAGCCAGCUUUUGUUUUCAAAAGAUUCCACGGGGGUUCACAUUCAUGGGCGUAGCGCUAUUUUUAUAAGUAGUAAGCCACCACAGGAAUAAGAGUUGAACAAAGCGAAAAAUGA